UGAGUGUUUUUCUCCAAACAUGGCGUCAAAAUCACACGUAGAGAUCAUCGGCUUGAUUAAAGACAGCCACUUCCACGAAGCCAAAAGUAUCGCCGAGGGACUCCAGCAGAAGAUUCCGGAAGCUUUUCUGCAGCCAAACAUUCAAGCUCUGUUUGAGUUAGACUGGGACACAUACCUGUGCGAGAGGAAAAGGGAGCUGCGUGGUGAAGUGUGGCAGUACUCCAGCAGCCUGAUGUGCUUCCUGAACGGCCGUCUCCUCGGUGAUGAGAAGGAUUUCGCUGGCUGGGCAAAGAACCACUGGGAUUUUACUGUCACUCGGCCACAGGCUUUCUAUGAGGCUCUUGCUGAGGACUACUACACCAAACAUCUCCAGAACAGUGGGGCAAGUGAACACCACAGUCACAUGAAUAACACUCAUCAGUUUGUCUUCAUGGACAUUGAGAUAGCAGGAGAAGCAGCCGGGAGGUUGGUGUUUGAGCUGUUCUCAGACAUUUGUCCAAAGACUUCAAGAAACUUUGAGGAGCUGUGCACAGGGGAGAGGGGACGGUCACAGAGCGGCUUCCCACUCUGCUACAAGGGCUCUCUGUUCCACCGGGUAGUGCCCAGCGGCUGGGUGCAAGGUGGAGAUAUUUCUCCAGAAAGGAAAGGCAAUGGAGGUGAGUCAAUCUAUGGACCAACUUUCGAAGAUGAAAGUUUUGCUGUUUCUCACUCGAGGCGAGGCACGCUCGGGAUGGCCAAUAAGGGUCCCCACAGCAACGGAUCCCAGUUUUACAUCACGCUGCAGCCAACAACUUGGAUGGACAGGACCUAUGUCGCCUUUGGACGAGCGGUGGAGGGUGUUGAUGUCCUCAAGAGAUUGGAGGAGGUCCAGACUUGCAAUGAAAGACCUAAGUAUGAAUGUAAAGUUACAGAUUGUGGAGUAUUAAAACUCUAAGAAUGAAGUUGAAGUUGGAGCAGUAAAAUAAACCGUAAGAUAUAUGUAAUUAACACAAACAGAGUAUUUUUGCUUUACUACAAAACCUUUUUAUAUAAGUGUAAAUUGUCACUGUUUCUCAUUUAGUAAGUUUUGUGUCCUUGUCUUCUAGCUUUCUUACGUGGUCCUAAAUAAAUCUGCUGAUGUGAUAGACAUUAUUACACCUGUAUAAAGUUGUAUUUGCAUUUUUAAAAGUUACAUUUAAUAACAUGAAUUAAGAUAAGGUUAGACAUUUAGUUGACACUGCUGUCCCCUGCUGUUCAUAUUUAGUAAAAGCAAAAAUUCUUCCAUACAGAAAAUAGAUGAUAAUAAUAAAAAUAAAAAUCUUACUUAACUUAAUUAAAUUAACUUCAAUAACAAUUAGCUGAAGACAUGUUUAGGUUAAGGUGAGGGGUAAGAUGUGAAUUGUGGUUAGGUUAAGGUUAUAUACAGUAGGGAUAAAGUUUUGGUUAGGCUGUACCCAACGAAUGGAAGUCAAUGCAAAGUCCUAAUUCUCUUUUUUCCUUUCUUAUUUAUUUUUUUAAAAUAUCUUAAAAUGUGUUCUCUUGUUUUAAAUGUCAUUUGAACGUGUUGCUAUUUUCAUCUGUAUCACAUGUAAAGGACUUUGAGCUGCUCUACAAAUAAAGUUUAUUU